ACCGUGGUAAGACUGGAAGGCUUCACCUGCAGACUUUCUUUGUGAGCAUCGUCUCCUCUUCACCAUGGAUGCACAGCACUGCAAGAUGAAUGGAGACUCCUUCCAGGAAUCCACAUACACUGAAGAGCCCUCGAACAAAAAUGGUGUGAUUUCUUUGAUUUUCUCUUUGAAAGAAGAAGUUGGGGCACUGGCUAAAGUUCUGCGCACAUUUGAGGAAAAAGGCAUAAAUCUGACUCACAUUGAAUCUCGACCUUCUCGUCUCAAUAAAGAUGAGUAUGAAUUCUUCAUUAACUUGGAAGGCAAGAAUGUCCCAGCACUGGACAAGAUCAUCAAGUCCUUAAGAAAUGAUAUUGGAGUAACAGUGCAUGAGCUUUCACGAACAAAAAAGAAGGACACUGUUCCCUGGUUCCCAAGAAGUAUCCAGGAGCUGGACAGAUUUGCCAAUCAGAUCCUAAGCUAUGGAGCGGAGCUGGAUGCUGACCAUCCUGGGUUCAAAGAUCCUGUGUACCGGGCCCGGAGGAAGGAGUUUGCAGACAUCGCCUACAACUACAGACAUGGUCAACCUAUUCCUCGAGUUACCUAUACAGAAGAAGAAAAGAAAACUUGGGGCACCGUAUUCAGAGAGCUGAAGAAUCUCUAUCCAACUCAUGCUUGUUAUGAACACAACCAUGUGUUCCCACUGCUGGAGAAGUACUGUGGCUACCGGGAGGAUAACAUUCCCCAGCUUGAAGAUGUUUCAAAGUUCUUGCAGACCUGCACUGGAUUUCGCCUGCGUCCUGUUGCAGGCUUGCUCUCCUCUCGGGAUUUCUUGGCUGGACUGGCAUUCCGAGUAUUUCACUCUACACAGUAUAUUCGCCAUGCAUCCAAACCUAUGUACACACCAGAGCCUGAUAUUUGCCAUGAGCUACUAGGACAUGUGCCUCUUUUUGCUGAUCCCAGUUUUGCUCAGUUUUCCCAGGAAAUUGGACUGGCAUCUCUGGGAGCUCCAGAUGAUUUCAUCGAGAAACUUGCUACGGUUUAUUGGUUUACUGUGGAAUUUGGACUGUGUAAGGAAGGAGAUUCACUAAAGGCAUAUGGUGCUGGGCUGCUGUCUUCAUUUGGAGAGCUGCAGUACUGUUUAUCAGGUAAGCCUGAGAUUCGGCCUCUCGUCCUCGAAAACACUUCUGUGCAGAAGUACUCUGUUACUGAGUUCCAGCCUACCUACUUUGUUGCUGAAAGUUUUAAUGAUGCAAAAGAAAAGCUAAGGAAAUUUGCUCAAACAAUUCCUCGUCCUUUCUCUGUUCGGUACAAUCCCUACACCCAGAGGAUCGAAGUCUUGGACAAUGCAAAGCAGCUGAAGAACUUAGCUGACACUAUCAACAGUGAGAUGGGGAUCCUCUGCAAUGCCCUCCAGAAGAUCAAAUGAAGAUUUUCUGUAACUCUUGCAAAUCACUGGCUACACAGAAGAAGUCAUGUGCAAAAAUGCCAGUCUUCACCUAGCUUCAGUUUAUUAUCUUCCUGUGUACUGCAUGAAUGCCUAUGUCAUAUAUCUUAAUUACCAAUAGAUGAGCAGAGAAGGAAACUCUUGCCUCUUUUGGCCUUUAGACAUUAAUCCAUUUUUUUUUCAUUAAAGCAUAAAAAUAAUCUUAGUUCUGGGAAUCUAGGGAAACUCUCCACAUAUAUUGUAUCAAAAGUUAUCAGAAGGGGGAGAUCUCAACUAUGCAGAGCUAUGGUCUGUAACAACCAUGGGGUUAUAUUACCACACUUGUCCCAGUGACAGAAUAGUAAUGACCAACACAGAGUAACCCAUAUUUUUAUUUUUAUUUUUAUUUUUAUUUUUAUUUUUAUUUUUAUUUUUAUUUUUAUUUUUAUUUUUAUUUUUAUUUUUUCUCUCUCGCAGUCAUUCUCCCCUCAGUUCCUCACAUUUGUGCAUGUUUCCCAUGAAAUACUGAACUUUACAUACUUCAGAGGUCUGCAUGCUGCCUGGUCCUGUAAACCAUGACUUCCCUUGGUGAAACUACACCUCUUCUUUUACACAUGAACACCUCUAUCCUGAAAUAAUACUUUUUGUUCUUUAGAAUUUGAUGUUGCCAUUGAUUAAAAGCACAGAUGCUAGUGGAAAAGACAGCAAGCAUGCUGCAGCUUCAUUAACACAAAUUUAUCACCAUGCAGAAAUACACUGUAUUUGCACAAGCACUAAUCCCAAAAUGGUUUCUUCAGGCCAAGAACAUGGUGUGCUAUGUUGUGUCACUGGUUUGCAGAGUGGAGUUUGUCAGAAAGGCACUGACAUUGCCUAUCUGAAACAUGGAGUCCAUGCCUCAGCACUGUACCCACAAAAUAUCCUUUUCAGAGAAGGGUUACCUAAAGGCACAUCUGUGUGGCUUUUUGUAUUUGGAUGUGAGAUCAUAAAGCCAUUACUAUAGGCAAGCAAGAUAAAAUGUAAAGAUUUUAGUGGUGUAUCAACGCAUUAUUAGCUUAGAUUCAGAGUUGUAACAGCUCUGUUAUAAUAUUAUGUAACAUGGAUUCAGAGUUGAUUCAGUGUGCUUACAGAAGAGGAUAGUUCUUUAGAUACUGUGGAAGGCUGAGGUAUGAAGGCUACUUUUUGUAGCAUUAAUCCUCUGAGGGUGGGUGCUUUAAUCAGAACUGCUGCGAGGCUUCUCCUAACUUUUUGGAUUCAUAAUCCAGAGGGGUAUCAGUACUCAUCCUCAAUGUCAAUAUCUUCCACCAUCAGGAGGAGAAGUGAUGCUUACAAUACAGAUGAAAAUAUCAGAACCUUCCAACUUCUAACUUCUUGUAUCUGUGUCUAGAAUCCCAACCAAAGCCAUCACAGAAUCACAGUGUUGUAAGUGUUGGAAGGUACCUCUGGAGAUCAUCUAGUCCAACUCCCUGCUAAAGCAUAUUCCCUACAGUAGGUUCCAAAGGAAAGCAUUCAGGCAGGUUUUGAAUGGUUUUGAAUUUCCAGAGGAGAUGCCGUCACUUCUCUGGGCAGCUUUUUCCAGUACCUCUCACAGAAAAGAAGUACUUUGUCAUGUUUAUAUGGAACUUUCUAUGUUCGAGUUUGUGCCCACUGUCCCUUGUUCUGUCACUGGGCACUGCUGAAAAUAUCCUGGCCGCAUUCAUUUGGUAUUUAUAAGCAUUGAUAAGAUUCCCCCUCAGUCUUCCCCAGGUUGAACAGUCCCAGGGCUCUCAGCAUUCCCUCAUAAGAGAGAUGCUCCAGGCCACUCAUCAUCUCUGUGAUCCUCCACUGGGCUCUCUUGAGAAGUUCCCUGUCUUUCUUGAACUGGGGAACCCAGAACUGGGCGCAGCACUCCAGAUGUGGCCUCAGGAAGACAGAGAGGAGAGGGAGGAUCACCUCCUACUAUCCGCUGGCCAUAUUCUUUGUAACAUACCCCAGAAUGUUGCUGACCUUCUGGGCCACAAGGGAACACUGAUGGCUCAUGGCCAACCUGUUGCCCACCAGGACUCUCAGAUCCUUUUCCGCAGAGCUCCUUUUCAGUACGUCAGCCCCUCACCUGCACUGAUACAUGCAACUAUUCCUCCUCAGGUGUAGAACUCUCACUUGCCCUUGUUGAAUCUUAUCAGGUUCCCCUUUGCCCAACUCUCCAGCCUGUCCAGGUCUUGCUGAAUGGCAGGCAGUGCAACCUUCUGGUGUGUCAGCCACUCCUCUCAUCUUUGGCUCAUCAGCAAACUUGCUGAGGAUACUUGCUGAGGAUGCAUUCAAUCCCUUCAUCCAGGUCACUGAACAAGAUUGGGCCCAGUAGCAAUCCCUGGGGAACACUGCUAGCUACGGGCCUCCAGCUAGACUCUGUGCCACUGAUCACAGCCCUCUGUGCUUUGCCAAUCAGCCAGUUCUCACUCCCUCCUCUAUCCACUCAUCUAUUCCAUACUUUCUAAGCUUAUCCAUGAGGAUGUUAUGGGGGACACUGUCAAAAGUCUUGGUGAUGUCAAGGUAGACAACAUCCACUGCUCUCCCAUCAUCUACCCAGCUGGUCAUGGUGGCAAAGAAAUCCACUAGAUUGGUCAAGUGUGGUUUCCUCUCGGUCAGCCCAUGCUGACUGCUCCUAAUUACCUUCUUCUACUUGCUUGGAGAUUACAUCCAGAAUAAACUGUUCCAUUACUUUAUGGGGGACGGAGGUGAGGAUGACUGGCCUGUAGCUUCCUGAGUUCAUCUUCUCAUCCUUUUUGAAGACUGGAGUUACACUGACUUUCCACCAGUUCUCAGGCACCUCUCUUCCAUGAUCUUUCAUGAUAGAAAGAAGUUUGGCAAUCAAAUGCUGUCAACUCUGUAAGCUCCCUCAGCACUUGUUGAUGCAUCCCAUAGGGGCCCAUGGAUCUGUGUGUGUCAAGUUUGCCUAAAAGAUCUCUGAUCAGAUCUUUCUCAAAGGAAGCCUUCCUCUCCCCAGACUAUCUUCAGGAUCUGAGAUUCCUGAGAGGAAGUUCUAGCAGUAAAGACUGAAACAAAAAAGAUAUUCAGUAACUCCACCUUCUUAAUGUCCUCUGUUUCCAAAGCACCCACCUCAUUCAGCAGAGGGCCCACAUUUUCACUAGUCUUCCUUUUUGUGCCUCACAUUCUUAAAAAAACCUUUUUUGUUGCCCUUGACCUCCCUCACCAGAUUUAAUUGCAAGUGGGCCUUAGCCUUCCUUGUGUCAUCCUUUCAUGCCCUGAAAAUGUUCCUGUAAUCUUUUUUUUUUUUUCCAUAAGCUCCUAGGCAAUCCAGGUCUCCUGUCAUCUUUUCCUGAUUUCUUGCUCUUAAGCAUGCAUUGAUCUUAAACUAUGGGAGACAUAGGUUAGCUCUGUCCAAGUCUGAGUGCUUUCAAACUCACACACACUAUCUUUCAAAACAGCUCCUAAAUCAUUAUGCUUUUUAGUUUCCUUCUUUCCCCUGCUUGAACUUUAAACUUGCUCUUUUGUUAAAGUACUUUUAUUUUCUGCCUGGAGUACAGAUUGUCAGGCAGCAAAUGGAAGAGGGGGUUCUUCCAGCUUAAUCCAAUGGAUGAGUCACAGAGACAUAAGAAUUUUGCUGUUCAUAAGGCUAUUACUGUAUUUUAUCCAGUAACUUUCACUCAAGGUAGCAAAAUGUUCUCUUGGACCUGUCUACAAUGUAUAAUACCUCUCCAUAGCUCUCUAAUUGAAAGAGUGAGAUCAACACUUGUAAAUUGGAACUGAGUGGAGCAAAGCAAUCCAGAAUAGCACUUCCAGCUUGAAAAUAUAUUGCAUUAUGAUACUAAGAUGGUUAAAGGGUUAUAUUUCAGUUAGAAGAUCCAAACAUGGAGGGGACUUUGAAAGUCCUUAAGUUCUGUACCUACUAUUGUGCUACUCUUGUAUUUUUAGUUUGAAAAUCAAUUGAGCUUCCGUGUAAGCAUCAUCCUCUAGGAAGACAGAAAGUACAACUGUUUCCAUUAUAUUUAUAGUGAGUAAUAACAUUGGACUAAGGAUAUAAUCUGGAAUCUUUUCUGUAGAAUUAUACUUAUGCAAAAUGGUAUCAUUUUGGUGCUUUGAAGUAAGAUUUUUUAUCUCUCUUUUUCUUCUUCUUCUUCUUCUUCUUCUGCUUUUUCUCAUGACAGUAUCUGUUUAGUUCUUUCCGUCUUGCUUGGCAUGUAUUUUCAGUGUCAAAGUAACCCAUAUUUUAAGCUCUUAAUAAAAUGGAAUCCCUGAUGUAACUGUUUCACAAAAAGACAGUUUCAUCUGAGGGAUGAAAUCUUUCAGACUAACUCUCAGACAGCUUUCCAAACUCCUCUGCUUUUGAUCUCUGUUAUGUGUGACAGCAGUAGUAAAUCUACAAUGAUACUGAGAAUCCAGCAGUCAUGGUUAUCUUUUAUAUGCAGCUAGAACAGUUUAAGAACACUGAUGCCAUAAUUGUGAUUCUGUGCCCUUUAAUGCAAGUGCACAUGUACAAUAACUUCAGCCAAAGCUGCUCACCAAGACUCAGAGACGAGAAAAAGUUAAAUGCUCAAUAUUUUAAAAGUAGUGAAACUAUACUGAAAAUAGAUUUUCCUUGCAGAAAAAAUAAUGGCUUUAAUGUGACUUAAAUAGUAUAGAGUAAAUUGCAUUUGAAAGUGUAUUCUUAAUGAACCGCAUUUUAUAUCCAUGCUAAACAUGAUUAAAAAUGUGUACCAAAAUCCUUUUUGUUUUAUUUCAAAAUUAUAACUCCUCAACGCAUUCUUAAAUAUUAAAAUUUUAAAUAUUAAAAUUUUUAAAUAAUAAAAUAUACAGGUAAGAAGGAAAGA